UACGAUAAUGACAUUUGAUGAACAGAUUGCGAUAUAGGAUGACGACUACGAGUAUAAUGGAUGAAUUUAGCUAAUGAAAUUAUUUAUUGCAGUUAAAUAAUAUUCCAUUAUAAAACAUAUCAUUAAAUACAGUAUUGUGUAGUGUAAUUUAACAUGAUGAAUUCUAGGAUUAUAGUUGGAUUGGUAGGUAUAUCAUGUGUAUUAAUGACAUGGAUCUUCGCGCAGCUAUACCAUGAGCUACUUAAUGCUUACGAACAAUCCGGAAAACUCAUGGUUAUGGAAUAUACAUGGUUUUUCCGGUUACUGUUAAAUUUAGCAGGAUAUGCAACAGUCCUACUGCCUGGAUUUAUUUUAUACAAAUAUUUAGACAAAUCAAACUAUUUCGAUAAGAUAGGGAACACGAGUUGCAUAUCAAGAACACUGUUCGCUUGUUUCGGCGAGCCCGGCGAACGGAUACCCGAGACGGUGAAGUUACCUAAAGUGGACGAGGGCACGUCGAGAGAGGGCUUCGAGUUGGCCUUCUGUUUCACGGGUCUGAUGAGUGCUUACCUAGUGUGGGGUUUGUUGCAGGAGAAAAUCAUGACCCAGAACUACGUGAUGGCCGACGGUACCCUGAUCAAGUUCAAUGACUCCCAAUUCCUGGUGUUCAUCAACCGGCUGUCGGCGUUUCUCAUAGCGGUCGGGCGGCUGCUGUGCAGCCACCAGCCCUUGGUCGCGGCGCCCCUCUACAAGUUCUCCUACUGCUCAGUCACCAACAUCAUAAGCGCGUGGUGCCAAUACGAGGCGCUGAAGUAUGUUAGCUUUCCUACACAGGUGCUAUCCAAAUCGUGUAAAGUGAUACCCGUAAUGCUGAUGGGUAAACUGAUCUCGAGGAAGAAAUACGAACUGUACGAGUAUGUGACGGCUGUGCUCAUUUCUAUUGGAAUGGUGCUCUUCAUAUUUGGCAGCCAUGACGACUCCACAGUGUCAACAGUGACAACAAUGUCGGGGCUCACACUACUGGCGCUGUACAUGCUGUGCGAUAGUUUCACGUCGUCGUGGCAGGGGGCGCUGUUCACGCGCUACAGCUGUACCUCGCUGCAGAUGUUGUGCGGCGUCAACUUGUUCUCGUGCGUGCUCACCGCGUCUGCGCUCGCGCAGCACAAUACAACUAUAUAUUCGUUGAGACUGUUGCAGCAUCCGGUGUUCGCAUUCGACUGCCUUUUGCUGUCGGCGAGUUCAGCAGUGGGCCAGCUGCUUAUAUAUCGCACGAUAGCGCGAUUCGGUGCUGUGGUGUUCACCAUUAUUAUGACUCUCAGACAGGCGGUAUCAAUUCUUCUCUCGUGUCUAGUCUACGGUCACGUCAUAUCAGUCGGCGGGGUGCUCGGAGUGAUGCUAGUGUUCGCCGCAGUAUUCCUGGGAGUGUACUGCAGGCAACGGUUGCGCAAGCGAAGGCCCGCUAACGUGUAGCGACAGUGUGCUCUUUCAGAGACUAAUAUUGCAGUUUUUAGAUGUUACACAGUUAGUGUACGGAUUUAUUCGGAAUACUAAAAAUAGUAAAUGAAAAAAAAUCAUUGUUUCAACGAAUAUUGUUGACUGUUUCAAUGUUUAUUCAAAAAAGUCGCGUGGAAUUAUUAUGUAUACAUUUGGUACCUUGUCGUAAUAACCGUUUAUGGAUUUAGUUGAAAAAAGUCGACGGGUUUAAAUAAUUUCACUGUGACAAGGGCCUAUUUAUGUGUACGUAACAUUACACGUGACUAAACAGAUUUAUCUGUUAAGAGUCUGCACACACGACAACAGUGCCAAUUUUUAUCUAUUUGACGUUGUUUUAAUAUUAAAAACAUGGUAGUGGUAGUAAACCGCUUUAGAGCGGAUACUAUAACUAAUUAAUCUAUAUUUAUAGAUUAUUGAUUACAAAAAAAUGUAUUUACGUGUGGUUUGUGCUUGACGCGCAUUUUUCUCGCUUUUUAGCUCUGUCCUUUUCACCCAUUAUUUGUUAUGGGUCGAAAGUUUUGACUGUUGAAGUACCAACGAUCUUUAUGUACUUAAUACUUGUCCGAGCGAUUGGAAGAAUGCCUUUAUUAAAAAGAAGCGCGCUUACAGUUAAUAAGAAACUAAUGCCAUGCGUUUAAAGUACGAUAAAAUUACUCAUUGUAUCCUGCCAAAUGGCGUCGUUGAGAUAGAGUAUUGAUAAAUUCAAGUCAUAAAUUUACUUAAUGUUAAAAUUGAUUUUAUCUUUUUAUGCCUAAAGACCGUAUUACACGAGCAUUUAUUUUACACUUUCCUCAAACCGCUUGACCGUUUACUGACCACUUAAUAUAGCUUGAAAGGAUCGAAAAGUACGGAAAAUUGUAAGGAAUGGGAAUAGAUAGGGGGAGAGAAGACAAUUUGAACUGUAUUGUAAAAAUAUUAUCCUGUUAAACAAUGCUUAUUAUAUGAAUGAAUUAGCCAGGUCUAUUUCUCGCUAGAGAUUGAUCCGUAACUAUAGGCGAAAUUUGAAUUGUUACGAUUGAUCAUUUUAUAUUUAGUUGUGUUAUAUCACAUAUUUUUGAUAAAUACCUAAACAUAGAAUGCGCAUAUGCAUUUGAUUGCAAGAAAAUAUAAAAUCAAAGUUGCCGAUCUUUCGUCGGCGGAAGAUCGGCGACGAUCGAACUGAGCAGGAGUGCCCUAUAUCCCUCUUAGUGUGACCGAGAUUAUAAGUUGUAUAAUCUGGCCCCUAGACAAAGGACAAACGUAGAUAGAGUCAUCGUUAGCAAGUUUAUCACAUUGAAUGAGAUGUACAGUAUUGUUCUUUCCCAUGUGAGCGUUGACCGAUCGUUUCUAUUGAUAGAUUCGUUUGUACCUUGUCAAGGAGAGCAGAUGUAUUAAGUUUCCAUCUGCUGUAGUAACAGAAGAUCGGCGACCAAAUAUCAGGCCUAUUACAUUUUAAUAUCUUUAGAGUUAUUUGUGAAUUAUACACACGAAGCGUGUAAAAGUGUCAAGACUAAAGCGACGUGAUGAUAGAUCGAAACCUAAGGUACACCAAAAGAGCUGACCUGUGAUGAUUUGUAUGUUGUAACGUUAUGAAGUAUCAUUUAUGAAUGAGAUUAGUGGUCUAGAGGAUUUUCGUUGGCCUUGAAGGAGCCACGGAUUCAAACCGUCCGGAAAUGUCCUGUAUUCUGAUAAUUUUCAUCUAGCGGACUAGUCACAUCGUUUUAUUUCGUGAUGGGGACAACUGACUUUUGUUCCAGUAGUGACAUUGCACAAAUGGCGCAAAUAUUAAGUUUGUUUCCAAUUAAUAUAUUGCCAGUGUUUAUUCUUAAUAAUUGCUAGGAGCACAUAGACAAGGAGUUUUUGUUUAUGAUCGAGAACUAGAUACACUUUUUACAUCUGUACUAAUAUUAUAAAGAAAACAUAUUAGAUUUUUGGUAUAUUUAUUUGUAAUGUAAUAAUUCAAAAACUACUUAACCGACUUUAAAAAUUCUUUCACUUGUAGAAAGCUACAUUAUCAGCGAGUAACAUAUACUAUAUAAUAUUAUCGAAUAUGACACCUAUGCAAACUCGGGGUGGAUCGCUAGUAUAUAAUAAAUCGAUAAGCAACGACUUCUAUCAGAGACGAAGUUUCCUUUGUCUCAUUUAUAGUCUAGUAAAAAGAAUUAAUUUCUACUGUAAUCGAUUAACAUAAUGUAUCACUUAUACGGAGCUAAAAUGGGCCAGUUGUCCCAUUAUCGGAUAAUACGUGCGACUAGUGGGGUAGAUGGGAUAAUUUAUAUCCGCAUAAUAAAUAAUCUUCGUUUUGUAAUUUCUCUGUAUUGCGCAUAUUAAUCUAUGAUUCGGUAAUGUAUUGGCGGUUCAUCAAGACACCAAUUUAAGAUUGUUCCACAAAAAACCGGCUUUCGAUAAAAAAAAACACAGAAGCAAAUAAAACCUUUCAAUUAAAAAAUAAACAUAAACUCGGUUUAGUAUAUAAGAGAUAUCCAUAUUAAAUAACUCUUGAACUGUUAAUUUUUAGACCAUUAAGUAAAUGAACGAACGAAUAUAAAAAGUAAAUUUCUUGUAAAGAGAUCUGAAUUUCCUAAACCCCAAGGAAUACGACUCGAAGUAGACAAACGGUUCACUUGCCAACCGACUUCAAAAAUGAGGUUCUCAUUCAAUAUCAUUUUUAUUUUAUAUUUGUUACUUUAUAACUCCGUCAAUUAUAAACAGGUUUGAAAAAUUCUUUUUUUUUUUUAUCUAUAAGGAUAUACUUUCAGAUCGAUCCCAUAGAAGUUUUAUCGAAAUCGGUUCGGUAGUUUAGUUUUUAAAUAAAAA